AGGAUUAGAUCCAUCUCCGAUUUCUAUGCUCAGCGGCCAAUUUCUAAAUUCAAGCUUCCAUAAUUCAUUUGCCGUAAUUCCCACUCCAAAUAUUGACUGUUGGUCUCAUCCUCGUUGCUCGUCCAAACCGGCAGCUGCAUAGCAAAGCUGCAGAAUCGAUACGAAGUAAAUUGGACGGAGUAUUUAAUUGCGGAAGCUACUUCAAUUUGCAGGAUCCAGUGGCUUAUGGUCUUCUAGCAGUCAGCAUCGAAUCAGCUCUUGCUUCAGCUGGGAGGACUCUGCCCGGUUUUUUAAUUUCUGGGAAUUCAGAAUAAUUUUUAGCCAUCAAAGAUGGAACGGAUGCACAUUGUCUGAAAUUGUGGGAUUUCACUACUUGUAUCAUUUAGCUUCACCAUGGAAGAGGAAAAUGCCAUCGAGCUUUUGCAACGAUUCAGGCGGGACAGACAAAUACUUCUUGAUUUUGUACUGUCUGGUAGCUUGAUAAAGAAAGUUGUAAUGCCUCCAGGUGCAGUUACCCUCGAUGAUGUGGAUCUAGACCAAGUUAGCGUGGAUUAUGUUCUUAAUUGUGCUAAAAAAGGUGCAAUGCUUGAACUAUCUGAAGCCAUUAGAGAUUAUCAUGACCUUACGGAGUUUCCUCAGAUGAACAAUUCAGGUUCUAGCGAUGAAUUUUUCUUGGCUACGGAUCUAGAUUCUUCCGGGUCACCUCCAAAAAGAGCACCGCCGCCUGUUCCUGCUUUCACACCCCCUCCUCCUGUCUAUACACCUCCUGCAGUAAUUACGCCACCACCUAUUGCCGCACCAUCGCUAAUUGAGACAAAUGUAUCACGAUCAGAGUCCUUAGAGUCCUCACAAACUCGGGAACUGACUGUGGAUGACAUUGAAGAUUUUGAGGACGAUGAAGAUCUCGAGGUUAAUAGCCUGAGGAUGUCAAGAAGAAACCCAAAUGACGCAGCUGAUCUGGCUCUGAAAUUGCCCUCUUUUUCAACAGGAAUCACAGAUGACGACCUUCGAGAAACUGCAUAUGAAGUUCUUUUGGCUUGUGCUGGGGCCUCAGGAUAUCCGAGUCAAUGGAUGUGAGAACACGGAAAGGCCUCCUAAAUGCCCUUUCAGGCAAAGUAGGAAAAAGAAUGGAUACCCUGUUAGUUCCUCUGGAAUUGUUGUCUUGUAUCUCCAAAACAGAAUUUUCUGAUAGAAAAGCGUUUUUACGCUGGCAAAAAAGGCAGUUGAACAUAUUGGAGGAGGGGCUUAUUAAUCACCCUGUUGUGGGAUUUGGGGAGUCAGGGCGCAAGGCAAGUGAGUUGAGAAUUCUAUUGUCAAAGAUCGAGGAAUCUGAGUCUCUCCCACCUUCCACUGGAGAACUCCAACGAAUAGAAUGCUUGAGGUCCCUCCGAGAGAUUUCCAUUUCACUUGCUGAGAGGCCAGCUCGGGGAGACUUAACUGGUGAAGUCUGUCAUUGGGCUGAUGGUUAUCAUCUCAAUGUCAGGCUUUAUGAGAAACUUCUUCUUAGUGUCUUCGAUAUGUUAGACGAGGGAAAGUUGACUGAGGAGAUAGAAGAAAUCCUCGAACUCUUGAAGUCAACAUGGCGUAUUCUAGGAAUCACAGAGACCAUCCAUUACACCUGCUUUAUGUGGGUACUGUUUCGUCAGUUUGUUAUUACGUCUGAGCAAGGAAUGCUGCAACAUGCAAUUGAGCAGUUGAAGAAAAUACCAUUGAAGGAACAAAGGGGUCCUCAGGAGAGGUUACACUUAAAAAGUUUGCAUUCAGAACUUGAAGAGGAAGGGAGUUUUCGAGAUUUCUCUUUCCUAAAAUCCUUUAUUGUUCCAAUCCAGAGUUGGGCUGAUAGGCUGCUAGGAGACUACCAUCUGCACUUUUCUGAGGAUCCUAGAAAGAUGGGGAAUAUUGUCACCGUUGCAAUGCUUGCCAGGAGGCUGCUUUUGGAAGAAUCUGAAGCUGCUGCGGAAUCAAUGUCUAGAACAGAUAAAGAGCAGAUUGAAUCCUAUAUAUUAUCAUCCCUUAAGAAUGCGUUUUCCAGAAUUUUGCAUUCUUUGGAGAAAUCUGAGACAAAUCACGAACAUUUUCUAGCCUUGCUUGCUGAAGAAACAAAAAAACUUCUAAAGAGGGAUUCAUCUCUUUUCAUACCAAUUUUAUCUCAGAGGGACGCUCAAGCAACAAUUGUUUCAGCAUCACUUCUCCAUAAACUUUAUGGUUACAGACUGAAACCCUUCCUUGAUGGAGUUGAACAUCUGACGGAGGAUGUUGUAUCUGUAUUUCCGGCAGCCAAUAGCCUCGAGGAGUAUAUAUUAGCCCUUAUCACAUCUGCAUGUGAAGAGCAGGGUGCUGAGAUACACAUCAGAAAACUUGCUCUUUACCAGAUUGAAUCUAUAUCUGGAACCUUGGUGCUGCGAUGGGUCAACUCACAGCUUGGACGGAUCAUGGGAUGGGUGGAAAGAGCUAUUCAACAAGAGCGAUGGAUUCCAAUAUCACCUCAGCAGCGUCACGGAAAUUCAAUUGUUGAAGUUUAUAGGAUGGUUGAGGAGACUGUGGAUCAAUUUUUUGCUCUUCAAGUCCCAAUGAGGCUGACUGAACUUAAUUGCUUGCUUCGUGGUAUUGACAAUGCAUUUCAGGUGUACGCCAGUCAUGUCAUUGAGAAGUUGGCAAACAAGGAGGACCUCAUUCCGCCUCUUCCAAUUCUCACAAGAUACAAGAAGGAAGCUGGAAUAAAAGCUUUUGUGAAGAAGGAAAUAUUUGACUCCAAGAUGUCUGAUGAAAGGAGAUCUACUGAAAUUAACGUGUUGACUACACCAACACUUUGCGUUCAGUUGAAUACAUUAUAUUAUGCAAUUAGCCAGCUGAACAAGUUGGAGGAUAGCAUCUGGGACCGUUGGACAAGCAAAAUAAAUCAUAAAUCUAUAGAUGAAGUAUCGAGAAAUGGCACCAAGAAAAAGGAAUCCUUUGAUGGAAGCCGGAAGGAUAUAAAUAUUGCUACAGAUCGCCUUUGUGAGUUUACUGGAACAAAAAUUGUCUUCUGGGAUUUGAGGGAACCAUUCAUUGAUGGCCUCUAUAAACCUAGUGUUUCUCAUUCUAGGUUGGAAGCUCUAAUUGAACCCCUCGACACGGAACUUAGUAAACUCUGCGAUAUUAUUGUUGAGCCACUCAGGGAUCGCAUUGUAACCAGCCUACUUCAAGCAUCACUGGAUGGCCUUCUUCGAGUGAUCCUAGAUGGAGGGCCAUCACGAGUUUUUAGUACCAGUGAUGCAAAGCUAUUAGAAGAAGAUUUAGAGGUCUUAAAGGAAUUUUUCAUUUCUGGAGGAGAUGGGCUUCCACGAGGGGUGGUCGAAAAUCUGGUAGCAUAUGUACGGGAUGUAAUAAAGUUGCAUGGUUAUGAGACCAGAGAAUUGAUUGAGGACUUGAGAUGUGCUAGUGGACAGAUUCAGAGUAGCAGACACAAACCAGGAGGAGAUUCCAAAACUUUGUUGAGAAUUCUUUGUCAUAGGGGUGAUUCAGAAGCCUCCCAAUUUCUCAAGAAACACUACAAAAUUCCCACGUCCUCAGUGUAAAUUAUACCUCAUCUUACACUGCUCAUUGACACCAAGUUUUGUAUGAAUAUUGCACUGACUUGUCUCUCUUUUCUUUGUUUCUUUGAUAAUAUUUGUGUUGUGAUAGUAGAGAUUGUUGCUUAUAUAUAUAUUUUUUGUACCUAUUUUGUUUCAA